UCCUACCAAAUAAGGUGCAAAGCAGCUGCUUUACCUUUUAAUGUUGGAAGUGGAGAAUAUCACAGAGAAAUCAUUAAAACUAUUGCAAACAAAAGUCCCUUUCUUUGGUGCUGCUAAAAAGUAUAUCGAGAAAAUUAAAAAAAGGAAAAUGUAUUACAAAAAAAUUAAAGCGAGGAACAUUUUCAGAAGAAAAAUUAAAUCGGUAGCUUUAGCAGACCAAGAUUACGGCCUACAAGCACAAGACAUACAACAAGAUCUUGAUGAAAAGAAGUAUGAGGAUCAACAGGAUGCAUUUUUAAGAGAUCUUGAAAAAAACAGAAGUGAAUUAAUCGAUUUGGAAAUAAAUACUAGAGGGCAAGGAGGAAACCCAUUAUGAAGUCAAGAAAGAAGCAUACGGCUUACUGCGUCAAAUUUUGGUUCAAUUUGCAAAAUUCUUCC